AUGGCUUCACUCUUCCACUCCCUCCUCUCAUCGCGGACUGCCGUCUUCACCUCAGCCUUCCUCCUUCGGGCCGCCCUGCUCAUCUACGGCAUAUACCAGGACUCGGUUUCUGCCCUGAAAUAUACGGACAUUGACUAUUACGUCUUCACGGACGCCGCCCGCGCUGUGUCGAGGCAUGCGUCUCCAUACGAUCGCGCCACAUACCGAUACACACCCCUUCUAGCAUGGAUUCUGCUACCCACCAGCUGGGGAGGAUUGUGGUUCCACUUCGGCAAGGCGCUGUUUGCCUCGUCUGAUCUCAUCGCAGGAUGGCUCAUUCUCCGCCUUUUGAAGAGGCAAGGCCUGGAAGAGCAACGGGCUCUGAAAUAUGCGGCGGUGUGGCUCCUGAACCCGAUGGUCGCGAACAUCAGUACACGCGGAAGCAGUGAAGGCCUCCUCUGCGUUCUGGUCAUGGCUCUGCUCUGGGCCUUUGAGACCAACAAAACCAUUCUGUCAGGACUACUGCUGGGAACGUGUGUUCACUUCAAAAUAUACCCUUUCAUUUACGGAGCGAGCAUGCUGUGGGCGCUGGAAACCCCUUCCAGUCCGUCCGCAACCAAUAUAUUGCAGGUCGUUUUGCAAUUCGUCAACAGGAGCCGCAUUGUGCUGCUUUUGACGUCGAUAUCAACCUUUUCUGCGCUCAACCUCCUCAUGUACAAUAUUUACGGCUUUCCAUUCCUCCAACACACGUUUCUCCAUCACUUGACCAGGAUCGAUCACCGCCACAAUUUCUCCCCGUACAAUACCCUUCUUUACCUCUCCUCGGCGCAGUCAGCGCACCCAACGUUUGCCAACCUGCGCUCCUCGAUCUCCUUCGAGUCCUUCGCCUUCAUUCCCCAACUCCUCCUGUCCACGAUACUCAUCCCUCUCGGCCUAGCAAAGCGCGAUCUCCCAACAACGAUGUUGGCCCAGACCCUCGCUUUUGUGACAUUCAACAAAGUCUGCACGUCACAGUAUUUCCUCUGGUACCUCAUCUUUCUGCCCCUGUACCUCCCCAACUCGUCGUUACUUGCGCGGCCUAUGCUGGGGACGACGGCAUUAGUCCUGUGGGUCCUCGGACAAGCACUCUGGCUACAACAGGGCUAUCAACUCGAGUUCUUGGGGAAGAGCACGUUUGUCCCCGGCCUUUUCGCAGCGAGCCUCGCCUUCUUCGGGAUCAAUUGCUGGAUAUUAGGGGUUGUGGUGGGCGACGUUGUCGACGGCUCGAGAACCUCGAAGGCGAGCGCCACCGUGCAACGAGGGGUGAAGGCCUCAUCCCUAGAAAUAACGGUCCCUGGAACGGGGUCUUCUGCGAGCGUCUCUGACCUCAAGGUGAGGCCAACCGGCCACAGGCCGCGCGGGAAUGCCAGUAUCGACACGAGUGCUAUGACCAGUGUGCAUUUGGGGCCGAGGGAUCGAGUGUUGAAGAGCAACUGA